AGGUUUUAAUUUUAUUUCCUCAGAACUAUACGCCCCUGUAGGACUAAUAAUGAAGCUACUGGAAAAAAAAAACAUAGCUCCAGGGGAUCAUAAUUUAGAUCUCUCUAAAUCUAAAAAUAUAAAUGAUGUGGUGAAAUCAGAAAAUGUUACAUUCCAUCUUUCGGACAUCAAACAAGAAGUUACUCUGCUUUGUGAUGUCAAAGAAGAGUCUGAAUUCCAUCUGAACUCUUUCAACUGGUUUCCGUUGAAAGAAGAGUACAUUGAAAAUGUGGCCACUAAAACAGAGUCUACUUCAAGUCUUGCAAUGUGUAACCAGUCAUUUGAAGAUGACUCAUUGAAAUGUAACAAUGGAAUUUUGCCAAGUGAAAUUGAGCUAAAGCUUCUUCACUCAGCCCAAAGCCAUACCCAUCUACUGCACACAGCUAAUGAUGGUUAUUAUUUUGAUGCAGUUCCAGAUACAGGCAAUGAAAUAAAUGAUGCGCACUGGGAUUCUGGCAUAGUUCACUGUGAUCUUCAAGUUAACAAUGAACAUGGAUAUUCUUCUCCAAAAAAGCAGAAGAAACAGCUAAAUAACAACGGCAAAUCAAAUAUAAAUAAAAAACCCAUACUAUAUGCCACCCACAAAUUAACAAAAUCAAGAACCAGUCUGACCAAGGACAGUAUUGGAGUGCAUUCACAGCUUUGCACAAGAGAACCCAGAAGAAAAUGGGCUACGGGCAAUGACAAUUUAUCCAGGAAAAAAAAGGACACUAUGUGCCAUAGAAACACACCGACACAUAAAGUAAAGAGAACACGUUCCACUUUGACUAUCAUGGGAUAUAAGUGUUUCAGAUGUGAUUUAUGUAACAAGACCUGUGACAAUUUGAGAACUGUUAAACGGCACAUGAAUAAGCAUACUGGACAAAAUUCUCAUGUGAGCGAUUUCUGUGGGAAGCAAUUUUUAAACGUUGGCAUUUGCAAUAGACACAAAUUAAUCCAUGUAGCUGUCAAAGCCAAGCAGGAUAUGUUCAAAUGUGAUGUUUGUGACAAAACUUUCUCCUGGAAACAAAAUUUAAGAAAACAUUUGUUAAGCCACCCAGAUUUCAAGCCUGGUUAUAAAUGUUUCAUAUGUGGUAAGGCUUUGUCACAAAAAUGUAAUUUAGUUACACAUACAAGAUUACACACAAAUGAAAAGCCCUUUAGAUGUGACAUUUGCGCCAUGAGCUUCCCUAGGAAAGAUGCAUUGACACACCACAUUUUGAGACACAUGGGACUCUCAGGCAAGAGGCCUUAUGCUUGUGGCACUUGUAAUCUUACAUUCAGAACUAAUUCACAGUUGAGUACACACACUCGAACACACACAGGAGAAAAACCAUUUAAAUGUCAAGUGUGUGAUAAGUAUUUCAGGAGGGAGCAGCAUGUAAAAAUUCACUCCCUGGUGCAUACUGAUGAGAGGCCUUUCAAAUGUGAUGUUUGUGGUGAAAAAUACAAACAGAAAGGUUCAUUGGUGGCGCAUAGGGAAAAGCAACAUAAGAAUAUUAAAUAAUUUGAGAUGUUGUUAACACAAUUUGUGAUGUUGUUAACACAAAUAAGUUAUGCUUGUUCUUCACUUUGAAAUGGAAAUAUUUGUAGUACUGCUCCAGUCCAAUAUAAAAUUUUUAUUACUGCUUCAGUAUUAAAUUAAUAGAAUAUAUCACCCAAUGUUAUCUGGAUAACAUCCACAUAUAAAUGUACACAUCCUAUUUCCUACCUCUGAUAUGUAUGUACCCAAAAAGCUUAAUUAUUUAUCAAAUUCAUUCCUUUUUUUUGAGACACAUCUUGUGCUGCCUGGGGCAAAUUGACCAACCCCCUCCCCUUCCCAGAUUUAUAUAAAAUUAAUAAAAUCUUCCACUGGAUUGAAGUCCUUUCCAUACCCAAAAUGACAUACUUGCACUUCAUAUGUUUUGUUCUUAUUCGGAUGAGAUAUAAGUAAGUGGAUUAAUGAAUCCUAUUUGGAUAUGUAGUUUUGCUGCACUGACUGACUUAUACUGUGUUUUCUUAUUAGAAAUAUACGGGUAUUUAAAUGUUAAGUUUUUAUUAUGUUAUAAAUUUAAUUUUAAUAAGAG